ACAGUUUAUAGUGUUUGUUGCGUGGCCUUAGGUAUCGAUUUAGGAAACCUAACGUUUAUUUUGUUUAUAGUUGGCAAUGUUUGAAUACUCGGAAAAGUAUUUUCUGAAAUUUAUAUGAUUCAACUAUGGCAAGAAGAUUUGAUCAUUCGUUCAGGCAGGAUGGGGCUGCACGUCCUUUGCCAUCUGAGCCUCCUUAUACCUUGUAUGUUGGAAACCUUCCACAUGGCGUUGUUCAAGGUGACAUUGAACAGAUUUUUAGUGAAAUGAAUAUUGCAAGCAUUCGACUGGUACGAGACAAAGAGACAGAUAAAUUCAAAGGGUACUGCUAUGUAGAAUUUGAUGAUCUAGAUUCCAUGAAACGUGGUCUUGAAUUGGAUGGUGCACUGGCAGAAGGGCGUGCUCUGAGAGUUGAUGUGGCAGAAGGGAAAAAAUCAGAGAGAGGAGGAUUUAGAGGUGGAAGAGGUGGUCAAGGUUUUGAUAGAGGUACACCUGGUAGAGGUAGAUUUAAUGAUGGAAGUAGAGGACGAGGUGGAGGAAAUUUUAGAAGUGGUGGUGGUGGUGGUGGCUUUAAUGAGAGAGAUGCUGAAAGAGGACGUGGAUCAGGAAAUUUUAGUGGAAGACAAAAUCCUCCUCGAGAUUUUAAGCCAUCAACUCCUGAAUUCAGAGAGCUCUCAUCAGAGGAAGCAGCAGCAAGACCUAGAUUAAAAUUGCUUCCUAGAUCAGUGAAAGAUCCAGUAAAUGCUGUUGCUGAUACAUCAAAUAGGUCAAGUAUUUUUGGUGAAGCAAAACCGCGAGAUGAAAAACAGUUUUCUGAAAAAAAAGAAAAUGAGCCGGUCACUGAAAGUUCAUCUGCUAAUGGUGUAAAAUGACAUUUUUUUGCAAAGAGAAAGCAUGUGAUAUUUUGUAUAAUGAAACAUAUGUGUUCUCUUUCCUCUUGUAUAUUUUAAUAAUUUUCAAAAUCUUCAAAAAUGUAUCUGGAACAGCCAGCAGCCUUUAACUGAUUUUGUAUUAAAGGGAAUCAUAUAUAUAUAUUUUUUAACUUAAGUUAAAUAAUGUAAAGUGCCCGCUGAAAUAUACUAUAUUUCAGUUAAGAAUACUUUAAUUUUUGGUUUUAAAACUUAAUUUAUAUAUCAUAGUAUAGUUCUUGAUGAUGCCAUUCCUAUUUUCCUCCCUUCAACUUGAAAGGAAAUAUCUAUGCAAAGACUUUGUCCUCUUUUUUAUGAUCCUUUUUUGGAUCCAAGUGGUUUCACUCUGGUAGUUUUAUUUCUUAAUUUUUUUUGGAUGUUCGUAAAAUAAGAGAUCAAUUUAUUGUUUUUCAUUUUAUGUGCAUUAUUUUUCUGUAUGAAAAGUAUAUUCAGUAAAAAUGUUUUUAUAUGUAAUCUUCUUAUUUCGUUAUAUAAUAUGAAAAUUUCUUUGUCAUCAGUUGUUUAUUUCAUUGAGUUGUAAUUUGUAAACAUUGUUUUGAACAGAGACAACAAAGUGAGUUGAAGUUAGCAAACUUUUUUGAAAUUAAAAUUUUAUAAAAAGAAA